AUGGGUGCUAUUAGAAGAUCAAAAACUAAGCGACGGACCAGAGACUAUGACCAAGUCUGCAACGAUAUCGAUUCGCCGAGGCAUUUAGAGCUUUACAAAAUAACGAAAGACGUUGAAGAUUUACCAGGCCUGGGCCAGCAUUACUGUAUCGAGUGCGCAAAAUGGUUUGAGAGUGAAUACAAUUUAACAGCUCAUCGAAAGGGCAAAAACCACAAAAGAAGGGUUCGGUUAUUAAAGGAAGAGCCACAUACGCAAAAAGUGGCAGAGGCAGCAGUGGGGCUCACUACAGACAAUGGAACUCGGAAUAACGACACGGUUAUGGACCUCACGGAAUCGAAUUAA